AAAAAAUAAAAAAGUUUCUCCACCAAAGCAUAUAUACACACAAAAAUUGCUUCUUAAUGUCGUCAUCUAUUCUAAGCUAAGAAUUCUGUAGAUUUGGAGCUGCCAUUGUCUAAGUCUCUUUGCAUAAUUAUUUAAGGUGAGUGUAAAGCCAAACCUUCUGCAGUUGGAGAAAGAUGCAAGAUCUCAAUAAUGGCGGCGGCGGAGGUGGAGGUGGAGGUGAAGUUUACCAGAUCAGAAAACUAGAGCUUUCCGACAAAGACAAGGGCUUCAUCGAACUGUUGAAGCAAUUAACCGUGUGCGAUUCCGUGAGCGACAAAGAUUUCCAGGGCCGGUUCCAGGAGCUCGCGAGAUUGGGCGACGACCAUCUGAUAUGCGUGAUCGAGGAUUCCCGGUCGGGGAAGAUCGUCGCAACUGGAAGCGUGUUCAUAGAGAGGAAAUUUAUCAGAAAUUGUGGGAAAGUAGGGCACGUUGAGGAUGUGGUGGUUGAUUCCAUGGCUCGUGGAUCGCAACUAGGGAAGAAGGUCGUUGAGUUUCUCACAAAUCAUGCUUCUUCCAUGGGGUGUUACAAGGUGAUUCUUGACUGCUCUGAAGACAAUAUCCCUUUCUAUGAGAAAUGUGGAUUCAAGAAGAAAGAAGUUCAGAUGGUGAAGUACUUCACCUGAUGGCUCAUAAUUUCAGAUUUUUUUUUUUCUUUCUAAAGUUGAACUUCUUGUUGAUUGGCAAAUGUUAAAACCUAAAAUUUACCUGCAAUGAACUUUUUCUGGGUGUUGGUUGCUUUCUGCAAAUCCUACAAAAAAAUGACCAAAACAGAAAUGCCAUUAAUAGCUUUUCUUUUCCUCCAUUGUAUGAAAGAGAUAUAUCCCAAAAAACAUGUCUUUGAAUGGUA